GGUUCUUCUGGUGUUUGAUACUCGUUUUCUCAUUCUUUUUCUGAUUUGGACGAUGUAUGAUGUGCACACUGUAGAUUAUAUGAUAUGUAAUAGGUUUGUUUUGGAUUGUUUGUUCAUGGCAGGAAUGUAUAAGAACCAGUUGCAAGAGUUAGCACAGAGAAGCUGUUUCAACCUCCCUUCUUAUGCAUGUAUCAGAGAAGGGCCUGAUCAUGCACCUAGAUUCAAAGCUUCUGUGAAUUUCAAUGGCGAGAUCUUUGAAGGGCCGAGCUAUUGCACGACACUACGGCAGGCAGAGCACGCAGCAGCUGAGGUAGCCCUCAACACCCUAUCCACAAGAGGUCCUUCAAGGUCUCUGGCUGCAAAAGUUCUUGAUGAGACUGGAGUGUACAAGAACCUUCUACAAGAAGCGGCUCAUAGAGCUGGCCUGAAACUCCCUGUUUACACCACCGUCAGAUCAGGUCCUGGCCAUGUACCCGUUUUCACGUGCACUGUAGAGCUUGCGGAUAUGAGUUUCACGGGCGAACCAGCGAAAACGAAGAAGCAAGCUGAGAAGAAUGCCGCCAUGUCUGCUUGGUCCGCUUUAAAACAAAUGCCGAACUUCGGUUCUUCAUCUCUGCUGACAAGAAAACGUAGCGACAACGGCGAAGAGCAGGAACAGGUAAGAAGAAGGAUGAAGAAGAAGGAGCAAGAACAGAGGGAUCAGACCCAGGCAAGAAGAAGAGAGCUAUUGAGUUAUAGGGACAGUACCCCUAGUUCUUCUUCUUCUCAUAACUUAUUGCAGUAUCAGAAAUGGAUGUUUAUUGGUCCAGUAUCGGAUUUCUCCCUAACUUGCCCAGCCCAGCAACAGAAACAGAGAAAGAACUGCUUCUUAGCUCUUCUGCCCCCAUCUAUUCCACUCACAUCUUCUAAGAUGUUACCGCCAACGCCAACUCCAACCAGGGAAACCCAUCCAUCUCUCUACUCAUCCAACAGGUCUACCGUAGUACAAGUUAAGAGCAGAACACAGGUCAAGUUGCAAGAGGUCCCACCUCCAGUGGAAAAGCACCAGAAGGAUGAAGAAAAGUGGCUUGGUGGAAAACCAGAUGUCACAGAGAAAAUUAUUGAAAAGGAUCCCGGAAGUGCAAAGUCGAAUUGUGGCUUCGGGCCAGAAGUCAUCGACUAUAAUAAGCCAUUUGCACUCCCUCGAUCUGGAAAGCUCAACACUUCUAGUACUGACCACACUCGGCAACAAACCCAGAUAACAACUAGUCAUUUUGGACCUCUUUCUCUUCCACUGGCACCAGCUCCAGUAGGAAGAGUGGCUCCUGCAGUUCCGAGAAUCCUCCACACCGGAAGAUUCCAUGCACAGAACAUCGCCCCAGCGGUUCAUAUUCGAUCAGUGAUUCCAGUGUGUGCAGCCCCACCCAUGAGGCCUCCAUCAUCAACUCCAACAACACCCCAGAUGGAGGAAGCCUCAAAGCAAGCCUCAGCUCCAGUCUCAACAAUAACAGAACAAGAGGUGUCAUCAGCUAGCGCAAAGUUCAAAGAUCUAAAGUUGUGAAGAAAAAAAAAGAAUAAAGAUAUACUCAAAUCAUCUAUUUGAAAUACAUAACCAUCUUAUUAUGCAGGCUUUGCUUGAUCGGUUGCCUUGUGUGUUUUUGCCUGGUGAAGGCUGUUUUCACCGCUCCAUAGUUACAGCAAUUUCUUUUCUUCCUUUUUUUUUUUUACUUGGAUGUUUUCCAAAAUUUGGUAGAAUCUACCAUCGAGAGAGAGAGAGAGAGAGACUACUCAUACAACAUGUGGUAAAAUAAAUGAGAAAAAAUAAGGCAUUAAUUGAAAUCUGAGGAAGGGUUGCAGAAACGAGAGAGAGAACAGAGGAGGGUGUGGCGUGGGCAGAUGAGGUAGCAUUGAAUGAAGGAGCAGGCUCAAGAACAAACAAAUGCAGUGAUAAACACAAGCUUUAAGUUUGUGGUCAGAAAAUUAAUGGUAUUGUCUUCUCCAUUAAUGCUCCUCUCUGUGGGAGUAGAAGCAAGAAGAAAGGCCAGAGAAACGCCAAUAUUUAUUUCUUUUUUGAA